UUGUGUGAAUAUGUUGCGCAAUAAAAUCCUCUACUAUUUAUAUAUAUUAAUCAUAACGUGUUCUGAAUGUAGAAGGAUUAAACGCGUCGUUGGCGGAAAGGAUGUUGCUUGUGGCACUCAACUCCGGGCGGCAUCUCUGAGGAAUUCGUCAAAUUCUCGUCAUUUAUGUGGUGCGACAAUAUUAUCGCACAACAACGCCAUCACCGCAGCACAUUGCGUUCAAAAUGAACCGGAGUAUUACUUCAUGCAAUUGAAUAAUUUCUGUUUUAUUACCCAAGGUUUACCUAAAACUCCGGUACUAAAAAUUACUAGACACGACCUAUACGAACCAUCCUCUCACGUACACGAUAUAGCCGUCCUACAAAUAAAGCUCAAUUUCACAUCGUUCAACGCGACUGUAUUACCUAACUCCUCUUUCGGUGUAUCAGGCAAGUGCACAAUAUACGGGUACGGAUACAAAGACGUAGAGAACAAAGGAACAAUGGAAACUUUGCAGUCUGCAGAAGUAAAACUUAUUUCAUUAGACGAAUGCACGUCGUCUCUUGGGCCAUACAUAGCCCCAAAACCCGAAGGUGGGAUGAUUUGCGCAAUUGGAGAUGGCGUAGACGCUUGCCAGGGUGAUUCGGGAGGACCACUCAUAUGUUCAGGCUAUAUUCAAGGCUUAAGUAGUUAUGGAGUUGGCUGCAAUAUUCCUGGAAAACCCGGUGUCUACGUUAGUACCGGUGCUCAUUUGACAUGGAUAAAGCGUGUGUGUGAGGAGAAUUAAUUACUUCUACUUAUUAUGAAUAGAACUACUGAAAAUAGCAAUUGACUGUAUGUCUAGGUUCAUCAAUGUAAUCUUUCAUGAAGCUAAAUAACUCAUGUAUUCGUAUUGAUACUUAAUUGUACGUAGACAAAGUUUCAGCUUUAUUAAGAAUUCGUGCUAUAGAUAUAACCUGUAGACAUACGUCUAGGGUCAUCAAUGUAAUCUUUCAUGAAGCUAAAUAACUCAUGUAUUCGUAUUGAUACUUAAUUCAACGUAGACAAAGUUUCAGCUUUAUUAAGAAUUCGUGCUAUAGAUAUAACCUGUAGACAUACGUCUAGGGUCAUAAAUGUAAUCUUUCAUGAAGCUAAAUGACUCAUGUAUUCGUAUUGAUACUUAAUUCUACGUAGACAAAGUUUCAGCUUUAUUAAGAAUUCGUGCUAUAGAUAUAACCUGUAGACAUACGUCUAGGGUCAUCAAUGUAAUCUUUCAUGAAGCUAAAUGACUCAUGUAUUCGUAUUGAUACUUAAUUCUACGUAGACAAAGUUUCAGCUUUAUUAAGAAUUCGUGCUAUAGAUAUAACCUGUAGACAUACGUCUAGGGUCAUCAAUGUAAUCUUUCAUGAAGCUAAAUAACUCAUGUAUUCGUAUUGAUACUUAAUUCUACGUAGACAAAGUUUCAGCUUUAUUAAGAAUUCGUGGAUUAAUUCACGUAGGUAUUAUAAACAUAAUGAACACUGUAUCGCACGUGACAGAUGUAAUUUGAUCUUAGUUUUUAUAAAAAAUUAUACUGACAGAAAAUGUCCAACAAAACGUUAUAA